AUGGCGCGCCACCACGAUAGCCCAUCUCUCGAUGAUCUUCCCGAUGAAGUCCUCCAACAUAUCCUCGAUUUCGUUCCAGCAGAAGAUGCGCUACGGAAGACUUCAUUGAUUUCCAAGCGCCUGCAUAUACUAAGUAGCCAGCAGCUGCUUUGGAGGAACCAUUGCGAAUACGACUUCACAUAUUGGGAUGCUCGACAUGGAAUGCCUGAUAAGCUGGACGCAGAUAUCGGAGAGGUAGACUGGAAAGCUCUCUACAAAUACAGGAGAAAAAUUGAGCAGGAUGUCGGCGAUGUCCUGGAUAGCAUACUCAAGUCGCAGACGGGAAGGAUAGAAAAGUACAAAAACAUCUCGGUCCACGGUUACGAUGCGAAGGACGCUUUACUUCGGCAUUGCUCUGCGGAUGAGGACCAGGAAGAUGCUUUGGCUAGAAGAUACUAUGCCACUUCGGUUUUGGAUCACAUACACCGCGCAGAAGCGUUGUCGACGUGGGAUAGGCUUAAACGAGGAGAAAACAUCUUUCUUGAGGAGGCAUUAGGCGCCUUCGAUUUAUUUGUGUUACACGAUCAAAAGGGCGAUUUAAAUGAGGUAUCCCAGGCCCUCCACGACAUAGCAUCAAAACUUCUCGACGAAUACCCCGCGAUGAAAGAUGGGAGUCUCACCACCCGGCAGAAGGCACUCACAGUAGUCCAAUUUCUAAGGGCACAUAAUCUUGUUGGAUGUGAAGAUCCGGCGUCAUACCGAGACUUACGAAACAACUACAUCGGAAUCGCAUUACAGCAUCCAGACCACGCUUCGUUACCAUUGAUAUCUGUAGCUAUUUAUGUCGCCAUAGCGCAGCGAUUUGAAAUUGACGCACGCGUUUGCGGAGUUCCUUCGCACGUACAUGCCGUGGUGAUAGGCUCGAAGGAAGAAACUCUUGAUGGUCGACCUGUGAUGAAGAAAGAGGACGCCGAGGAAGCAAUGUUUCUAGACCCAUUUCGAUCCGACCAAGAAGUCCCAGUUGAAGUUCUUCACAGAUUUCUAGCAUCAUGGAGCAUACCCGCCAGAGACUUCGACGUGCACCUCAGACGUACCAAUACCCCGGGUCUAGUUGUGAGAACUUCACGGAACAUACUUGCCUCCAUCCAAGAAUUCCGAGCUCAACCCGUAAUAGCAAACUAUACGGACCAGUUCACCAUGCCGCUCCACUCGAAUACUAACCCCUUUGCUGAAAUAGAAAAUGCAUACUACUCAGCUCUGUGGUGCAACUUCAUAUUUGGACGUCCAGACCCGCACCCAAACGAGCACGAUCAACGACAGAUCGUCCCUCUCAUUCUCGAAAAGUAUGAGCGGCUCUAUCCUAUGGACUGCCACCUUCUCGAAAAGUACAUCUGUCCAUUGUACCCCGACGUCAAUGAUGUUGGCCACUUGGACUUACAAGAAACUCUACGCGUUGUGCGCGCUGCAGACUCCACUCCUAAACAGAGAAGACCUAGAGAUAGCCAAGCUUCGCGCGAAAGUGUCAGGUAUAAGGUUGGACAGGUAUUUCGCCAUCGCAGAUAUGCUUAUAUGGCUGUAAUUAUUGGAUGGGAUGUCGAAUGCGGUAUGAAUCCUCAUUGGAUCGCCAGCAACGGUGUAGACAACUUGUCACGAGGUCGAAAUCAAAGUUUUUAUCAUGUGCUUGUGGAAGAUACCAGUAUACGAUACGUCGCGGAGGAGAAUAUUGAGAUUUUAGAAACGGAUGAGGUGGAUAGUCUGAAGAGUCUCGCGGGUCGGUAUUUCAAGCGUUGGGACAAAGAGAAGAAAGUUUUUGUGUCGAAUAUCUGUGAUGAAUACCCGGACCACUAA